GGCCAGAAUCGAAACCUUCGUCCUCCGCCUACCUUCGAUCGUUCGUUCGCUCGUUCUCAUUUGACUUGAACCGUACAAGGUCACACAGACACACUCACACUGUCGCGCGGUGAGGGAUUCUCAUCGCCAGAUUAAGACACCCCGUCCACAAAUUUGUCAUAAUUCUUGCACGAUAAUUUACCAGAAACUGGAACAUUUGGUCGGACGACAUAAAUACAAGAAGAAGAAUCAGACCGACUGAAAUUGCAAGUAGAGUCAUUCAUUUGCACAUCAAUUGUAUUAUCCGAGACGCAAAUUUGAGAAUUACUUCUAAAAUCGUAUAUCAGUCUGUGGACUUCCGAAAGUCUCUGCAAAUUGGGGUACGUGCAAAGUUGCUUCGAGUUUGGUCAAUGCGUCGAUAUGUAGGUACGAAGGCACCACAGACCAAAUAUUGCUGGGCAGUUUCGUCAGCGCAGUCCUCUGCGCGAACCUUGAUGUCACUGUGGUAUCGUCAUUCCAUGUGCCUCUGUCCUUUUUGGAAAGAUAGACUUUCCUACAAGUGGCUGGGACUGGACGCUAAUCCGGCUUUGAGUGAUUGCCAAGUUGAGAAUGCCUGAGCAUGCUCAAAUCGUAACAUUCCUCUCACUGUGACAUGUCUGGCGCAAAAAGCAACUCUUCAUAGCAGCCAAAGUUUGAAUCUACUUGACUCGACGUUUACCCUUUAUCUGGUAGAUCUUUCGGCGUGAGAAUAUGCUCCUGUUUCCAAGCACAACAUCAAUCAAUCAAUCCCCAGCUUUCUAGUCCUCCACUAUUUUCUCUUCCACCAGAUUGACUGGGAAGGAGAUCCACCGAAGAGCUGAAAAUGUGCGUCAAUUUUCAUUUGCUUCUCUUUCAGGAAGUUGGCUCUGGCUCGCAUUAAGACGGGCGAUCUCAGAGCACAGCAUACCGUAUGGAAUCCGAGUAUCUGAACACCGUAUGACCUCGAAUGAACGUCACUGUCCUCAUACCAUUUAGUGGAUUUGUCUACAGAUGCAAUAUCCAGAUUUUGGUUUACACGCAAUGAUUUGCUCACCUCUACCACCACCACCAUGUUCAGUUCUGUUCUAACGCGCGAAUCCUCUGUUGAAAUGACUGGAUAGCGGUCCGACGAGUGAGAAUAGAAUCAUCUCCGAGAACUGAAAGUAAACGAGAAAUCGUAAAAGUAACUGACAUUUUGGAGCAGCGGAGCGACACCUGGGAACAUCGUCACCGAGAAUAGAAUGCUGGAAAUUGAAAUUCUCACCUUAUCUAACUAUAGCCGUCAUCGAGGGUG